AAGGUACGACAACUAUUCAAACUAUAACAAUUGGAGAAUCAAUGCCAGCACUACAAAAUAAUCGCGGCCCGAUUUGGUAUCACAUAUGGCUUGAUGUUCGACAUAUACCUAUAGCUAUCUAUAGAAUAAUAUCAAAUGGUAGCUAUAUGUUCAUUACUUUUGCCAUGGCUGUUGAUGGAUUCAUUAUAACGGGUGCAUCGACAUUCAUGUCAAAGUAUCUCGAACGACAGUUCAGCGUUGCACCAAGCAAAGCAAAUAUGUUAAUUGGUUGCAUAAUGGUUCCAAUGGCUGGAAUAGGUACAAUGUUUAGUGGUUUUAUCGUUCAGCGGUUUCGUUUGAGCUGUGUUAAAACUUUGAAAUUUUGUAUAGCAUUGCUAAUGUGUACGCUUAUCUUGUCACCAAUGUAUCUCGUUUAUUGUGAUCACGAUCCGCUUGCUGGAAUUGAAGAGCAUUAUGAAGUGGACACCACUUCAAAUUCAAAUCAGAAUAAUAAUGCUUCGGAAAUAUUACCUACUCUAAAGUCCAUUUGCAACCGUCAUUGCGACUGUGUUUCAAGUGAAUAUCAUCCAGUUGUGCUGAAUUUUACAGUGACAAACAGAUCUCUUUCUAUUCACCAUGUUUCGCAGAUGUAUUACAACUGUUCAUGUGUACCUGAACACACAAAAUUUGGAUAUAGAACCGUCAAGAAUGGAAUGUGUGAAUCGAAAUGCAGAGGGCUGUUUGGAUUUCUUGCCCUGUUCGCUCCAUUCUGUUUUUUCGCAUUUGCUGUCGGCGUUCCUUUAAUUUCGGUAGUAUUAAGAACAGUUGAUUAUGCUGAGCGUUCAUUCGCACUUGGAAUUCAAUGGAUUCUAGUAAGAGUUAUUGGUACCAUUCCUGCGCCAGUUCUUUUUGGAUGGAUGUUCGAUGUGUCAUGUAUUCGUUACAAUUUGGAUGUUUGUUCUGGCAAACAAGGGAGCUGCAUGCUGUAUCAAAAUAAGCUUUUGGCCGAUCUUUUUCUUGCUUUCAGUGUAAUUGGUCAGACAAUCGCCAUGGUGCUCCUAAUUUGCACGUUGUUGUUUUUCUCAUCUCAAAUGCGUGAUGACCCACUGCCAACAGAAGCAGUUAUUGAGAAUCCAGAAUUGAGUCAAGUUAUUGAAGAAGAGGCAGGAAUGGCAGUAACGAUGCGAACAAAUAUUACCUGA